GCGGGAGCCACCAUGGCGGCCGAGCGCAAGUCAAAGUUGUCCAAGAAUCUGCUACGCAUGAAGGAUUUGUAAUAACAUUAAUUUCAGAGAAGUGGAGUGAAUUGGCCAAGCAGAUACUGAAAAGAUUAGCAAUUGUUUUAGCUCUUGGAAUAAGCCAGAUGAUGUACUAUGUGACUCAGGCUCAAACUAAAGAUCUGAGUUGCAACUAAAAAGGAGGACAUUAACUUAAAACAAGUGUCCACCCCCACCAAGUGGGGAGACCCAACUGAACAUUGGAAGCAAAGGAGAGAGAAGAAGAUCACCCAAGUUCUCUAUUUGGUUUAGAAGCUUUUGGUCAUCGAUAAGAAAGAACUUACUGGCAAGAUAGCAGGAGACACUACCUGUACUAACUGAACAGAGUAUACUGUGAAAAGGCAUGGAGCAGCUGCACUUGAGUGCCAUAGCCAGAGCUAAGUCCUAUAUAGCAUGAGUCUCCAACCUCUGGGCCAUGGACCAGUACCAGUCCAGGCCUGUUAGGACUGAGCCACACAGCAGGAGGUGAGUGGCGGGCAGCCAAGCAAGUGAGGGAAGCUUCAUCUGCAUUUACAGUUGCUCUCCACAGCUUGCAUUACCACCUGAGCUCUGCCUCCUGUCAGAUCAGUGGCAGCAUUAGAUUCUCCUAGGAACACAAACCCUACUGUGAACUGCACAUACGAGCCACCUACCUUGCACGCUACUUAGGAGAACCUAAUGCCUGAUGGUCUAUCACUGUCUCCCAUCACCCCCAGAUGGGACUGUCCUAGUUGAAGGAAAACCAGCUCAGGGCUUCUACUGAUUCUACAUUAUGUUUAUGCAAAGGGGACUGGACUCAGAAACCAAGAAACAACUGGAAGAGGAAGAAAAGAAAAUCAUUAGUGAAGAGCACUGGUACUUGGAUUUGCCAGAGCUUAAAGAGAAAGAGAGUUUCAUAAUAGAAGAGCAGAGUUUCUUAUUAUGUGAAGACCUUCUCUAUGGAAGAAUGUCAUUCAGAGGAUUUAAUCCUGAGGUUGAGAAAUUGAUGCUUCAUAUGAAUGCUAAGCACAAAGCAGAAGAAGUUGAAGAUGAAACAGUGGAGCUCGAUGUGUCAGAUGAAGAGAUGGCUAGAAGAUAUGAGACCUUGGUGGGGACAAUUGGGAAAAAGUUUGCCAGAAAGAGAGACCAUGCCAAUUAUGAAGAAGAUGAAAAUGGAGACAUACAACCGAUUAAAGCAAAGAAGAUGUUCUUAAAGCCUCAGGAUUAAGAUGAUGCCUUGAGCCGUGGCCCACGGGAGCUUCAUGGAAGUCAGCGGCGGAUCUGGAGCGCACCCCGGUGGCGGCUCUGUAGUUACUAAUACUGUAAUGUUUACUUUGUAAAGAGAUGUAUCAUUUUAGAAACAUGCUGUUUUUGAAACAGAUGUUGAUGGAUGUUGUACAUCCUUUGCUUAAUGGCGUUCAUUCAGAGUGGAUUUUUACCCCCCAAUCUUCAAAUGUACGUUGUUAGAGGGCCCCUUCCUGAAGAGUGUUUUGACCUCUGGUUUCUCUUAAUACAGUUCUCCAGUCACUGACCUUGAAUUGACUCAUGUAAACCGAUGCCAAAGUUUAAAUUGCCCUUUAUUAUAUUUAUCAAGAAUAAACAUGCCUCUCCGGCCUUAAGUAUUUACAUGCUACCAGGCCAUUGUCAGUUUAUGGUAUUAUGUUGUUUUAUUUAAAGCAUUGAAUUAAUAGAAAAAAUUAUUCUGUAAUAAAAAUCUACUUUGACAUA